AUGAGCCAGCUGGACGAGGCCGAGCUCGGCCAGGACGGAAAGGUGCAGAAAUGGGCGCAGUCUCUGGUGUACAAGCUGGAGGAGCUGGAGUGCAAAAUCUGCUACAACCGGUACGACACUCGCAGUAGGAAACCGAAACUGCUGGGAUGCCUGCACCGGGUCUGUGCCAAGUGUCUGAAGAAGAUGGUGGACAUGGGAGAGUCGUCCCCCUCCGUCAUCAGCUGUCCCUUCUGCCGCCACCAGACCCACGUCCCCGAGGAGGAGAUGGUGGACAUGGGAGAGUCGUCCCCCUCCGUCAUCAGCUGUCCCUUCUGCCGCCACCAGACCCACGUCCCCGAGGAGGAGCCUCUCCACCAUCUGGUUUAUGAGCUCUGA